UAGGUAAACAGAAGAACUAGAAGAUCUUUAUAGUACCUGUGUGAAGAUUGAGUAUAAAAAGUUCUGCAAGAAUCAUUGAAAGACAUCAGUAACGAUUAAAUCGUAGCACAGUCAAGACCUUUAAAAGUCAUAAAAUACCAAAAACCUUUAAGCAUCAUGAAGUUCGCCGUAUUUGCCGUAGUCGUGCUUGCUUUGGCCCUUGGUGCUCAAUCAUCUGUGAUCUUGGGAGCUCCAGGCCCAUUGUUGGCCGUUUCAGGACCCGCCGGUUUGGUUACAGUUCCCGGUGCUGUAUCAAUCCAAGCUGCUCCCGGUGCUGUAUCAAUUCAAUCUGCUCCAGGUGUCAUCUCCCUCCAAACAGCCCCUGCCGUUGUUGCUCCAGUCGUCGUUGGAGCUGAAGGUACCUAUGUAGCAAAGACCCGUGGUGCUGUUCACGUUGCUCCAUUACCAGGACACGCCCAAUCUGCUGCUUCAGUUAAUCUUGAACCAGCACCAGGAACUUUGUAAGAAGUUUACCAGUUAAUCAACCAACACGCCAGCAACCAAUGCAGAUCUUCAAUUUUUGUUUUGUUUUUUAAUUCUUCCCUUCCUCUAUCUUCCUAUUCUUUAUUUAAAAUUUCAUUGAAAAAGUUCAAAACCCCUCAUUUACAAAAUGAUGUGGGUAGUAAGUUGUUUUGGGGGCCUCCAGUCAGUUUUUGUUUUAAAUAUUAAAUUUUUUGUUCGAAGAGAUUUAAUAUUUUGUUAUACGGCUAGAAAAUUUUGUUUUCUGUAAAGUUAACUCUUUUCUUUUAUAAAAUAAAACUUAAAAAAAUAA